CUUAGGCCACAGCAUGGUUAGGGACCUGACCUCGUCUCCGCAGCUCCAGUCUUCUGUGAGGCUGGGCCUCUGGUCUUUCUCUCGGUUGUUUUCUGGUUCCCUUUGUGCCCCCACUCCCCCCCUCCACCCACCCCAGCUAGGCUCAUCUUCAGGAAACAGGCCUGGUUUCCAUGGUGACCAGCCGGUCAGCUGGCUCCUUCCACCGCCCCCUCCUCCUUCACCCCCCUUUCCUGUAGCUUCCAGGGAAGGGUACUGUGUGUGAAUGGAGAAGGCAGGUGUAGCCUUUUGUCUCUUGGGAGCUCUAGGGCUGGCCAAAAGAGCUAAACUGUCCCUCCUCCAAAGCCCUUUGAAGUGGAGACAGGAAGGCAGUGGGGGUGAGUGUCAAGAGGAAGAUUAUAGUGCCUAAAUGGGGAGCACGAGAGGAUCCUCUGUGGGUUUGGAAAGGCCAAGGUUAGGGGCUCUGCUCUCUGUGGGCAGUGAGGACUGAAUUGCGUGGAAGGGGCUGAAACUGGAACAAGAUGGGCUGGAGUUAGCUGUGAGGCCAGCUUCCCAAAAAGCAUGGGCGGGAGAUGCUGGAAUGAGUCACCAAGUGAGAUUCUGCCUCUGCCAAAGAAGUGAACAAGACCCCCGCCUCUUCUGGACAGCCAUCUUCCUCUGGGCAGGGAGAAUGGACCCAUCAACCUGGAGAGGGCCAUGCAGGCUGGAUAGCUCUAAGCAAUAGGUGGACAGAGAGCCACCUUCACCUGCCUGGAAAGGGAAGAGCAGUAAAACGAAGACAGGGCCAGGACUGUACGAGAGGGGUGGGAACAGUGGCUGUUCCCAAUAAGGGGAAGGAACAUUCUGGGCAGAUCAGUGUGCUUGUACCCUAUCCCCCAAAAUCAGACAUCGAGGCUUUGCCCCAAACUAACUUCCUACCCACAAAUAUUCCCCAUAGACUUUUGAGUGGGAAAGAUCUGAAUUCUAGGACUAGCUCUGUGAGUGCUAGCAGGUGACCUUGAGUAAGCCAUUCACUCUCCCUCCGCCUUGGUUCCCUAUGAGUAAUUGGGGAGAACAGUUACUGUAUGUCAAAGACUCUAAUGACACAUAGUAGGAUUCCACAGUAACUGUGUAUGCGCAAGAUUGAUCAUGCAUGGCUUUUAUUACAUUCUUCAUAAUGGUUGGUUUUCGUGUUCUUUUCUCCCCAUUAGACUUUGUGCUCCUUGAGGGAAGGAAACUGUGUUUCACUUCUGUACUGGUCACACAAUAGGUACCCAACACCUGUUUACUGAAUGGAGACAUCCAGGAAUGAAUGAAUGAAUGAAUGAAUGAAUGAAUGAAUGAAUGAAUGAAUAAAUGUCAGGGUCCUUCCUGCUGUGCCAGGGAAUGCAGGGAAGAAUGUGGGAUGGCCUGAAAGGAUAGCCUGCUUGCAGUGGCUCAGCCUGGCCUGCUUCCUACACCCACAAGUGGGAGCCUUAGAAAUUGUCCAGUCAAAUUCCUCACUGCACAGAUGAAGAAAUUCAGGCUCAGAGAGAGGAAGGCACUUGCCCAAGGUCGUAUAACUCCUUAAUGACAGAGACAGAAUUGAGAAUUAGAACUCAGGUUUCCUGCCCUCCAGCGUAGGGCAUUGCACACACUUCACUGCUUCUCUGGAGCUGCUCUUUUAGGGAAGGAAGAUGGUUCAGUGAAGGCCGGUUCCAAUGUCCUCCCUCUGCCCUCUGUUAGUCCUUUACCAUCUCUAGCUUCAAUCUCUUCCCUUUCACCUUAUUCCAUUCCUCUCGAAGUCUAGCUUCUGCCUUAACCCUUCACCAUGCAACUGGGAGUAAUGAUCUUCCCUAGGGUUCCAAGGAUCAAUUUCCUCUCCCCACUCCUGUGCCCCAGGAACUUGGGGGAACCAGAGAUGUGUGCGUGUUUGGGGGUGCUGUUGGUUGAACCUCGGGGACACAGUCCACGGAGAACAGAUGGAGAGGAGUUGCGGCAUAGAUUCUCCCAAGAUGGGAGUGCGGGAGGGAGGUGCAGUGAGCAGGGCUGGGAGCGGGGAAGGGGUGUGGGGAGUCCCUGUUGCUUUACCCCUUCGGGGGGUGGUUAUUAGGUAGGCUUGGGAAGGCGGAGUUUGGGGGGCUGGGGGCGGGGCUCUGCUGCGCUGGGAGGAAGGGGGGGCGCGCUGGCUCCAGCUCGGCUCAGACAAAAGGCGGCGGCGGGAGCGGGCGGGAGGCGGAGCGGCGCCGCGAGGGCCUCAAGGUGACACCCGCCCCCGGCCCCGGCCCCCCCGGCCCGGCCCCCCCAGCCUGCCUCCCACCCCCAACCCCCAGCCCCUUACUCCCGGUGCCCUUUCCGGGCCCCCUCCCCCCGGCGGGGGGUGGGGAGCAGCGAGGGCCCCGCCCCCUCCCGUCCUCUCCCCAGGGCCCGCGCAGGAUGCCCCCGGCCCCUGGCAGCCCCCCGGGAGGUCCUGAGCUCGACGCGCCCCCUCUACGCCAUGUCCCCCCCUGGCUCGGCUGCGGGAGAGAGCGCCGCCGGCGGCGGCGGCGGCGGUGGCGGCCCCGGAGUCCCGGAGGAGCUCACGGCGGCUGCGGCAGCGGCGGCGGCGGACGAGGGCCCCGCCCGAGAGGAGCAGCGUCCCAUCCAGCCCUCUUUCACCAAGUCCCUCUGCCGUGAGUCCCACUGGAAGUGCCUCCUGCUCUCGCUGCUCAUGUACGGCUGCCUGGGGGCAGUGGCCUGGUGCCACGUCACCACAGUGACGCGCCUCACCUUCAGCAGCGCCUACCAGGGCAACAGCCUCAUGUACCAUGACAGCCCCUGCUCCAACGGCUAUGUCUACAUCCCCCUGGCCUUCCUGCUCAUGUUGUACGCCGUCUACCUGGUGGAGUGUUGGCACUGCCAAGCCCGCCAUGAGCUGCAGCACCGUGUUGAUGUGAGCAGUGUGCGGGAGCGUGUGGGCCGCAUGCAGCAAGCCACACCCUGCAUCUGGUGGAAGGCCAUCAGCUACCACUAUGUCCGCCGCACCCGCCAGGUCACCAGAUACCGCAACGGAGAUGCCUAUACCACCACCCAGGUCUACCACGAACGUGUCAACACGCACGUGGCGGAGGCCGAGUUCGACUACGCGCGCUGCGGCGUCCGCGACGUGUCCAAGACGCUGGUGGGGCUGGAGGGCGCGCCGGCCACGCGGCUGCGCUUCACCAAGUGCUUCAGUUUCGCCAGCGUGGAGGCCGAGAACGCGUACCUGUGCCAGCGCGCGCGCUUCUUCGCAGAGAACGAGGGCCUGGACGACUACAUGGAGGCACGCGAGGGCAUGCACCUCAAGAACGUGGACUUCCGUGAGUUCAUGGUGGCUUUCCCGGACCCGGCCCGGCCGCCCUGGUACGCCUGCUCCUCGGCCUUCUGGGCCGCGGCGCUGCUCACGCUGUCGUGGCCGCUGCGUGUGCUGGCAGAGUACCGCACGGCUUACGCACACUACCACGUGGAGAAGCUCUUUGGCCUGGAGGGCCCGGGGUCGGCCAGUAGCGCGGGCGGCGGCCUCAGCCCCAGCGACGAGCUGCUGCCCCCGCUCACCCACCGCCUGCCGCGGGUCAACACAGUGGACAGCACGGAGCUCGAGUGGCACAUCCGCUCCAACCAGCAGCUGGUGCCCAGCUACUCUGAGGCGGUGCUUAUGGACCUGGCGGGGCUCGGGACGCGCUGCGGCGGGGCGAGCGGCGGCUACGCGCCCUCGUGCCGCUACGGCGGGGUAGGCGGCCCGGGCGCGGCGGGCGUGGCUCCCUACCGGCGCAGCUGCGAGCACUGCCAGCGCGCCGUCAGCAGCUCGUCCAUCUUCUCGCGCAGCGCUCUGAGCAUCUGCGCCAGCCCGCGGGCCGGCCCGGGCCCCGGUGGGGGCGCGGGCUGCGGGGGCAGCCGCUUCUCCCUCGGCCGACUCUACGGCUCCCGGCGCAGCUGCCUGUGGCGCAGCCGCAGCGGGAGCGUCAACGAGGCCAGCUGCCCCACGGAGCAGACGCGGCUGUCCAGCCAGGCCAGCAUGGGGGACGACGAGGACGACGACGAGGAGGAGGCCGGGCCGCCGCCACCCUACCACGACGCCCUCUACUUUCCGGUCCUCAUCGUCCACCGGCAGGAGGGGUGUCUGGGCCACAACCACCGGCCGCUGCACCGCCACGGCUCCUGCGUAGAGACCUCACUGUGACCUCCGUCCCCGGCGUGGCCCGCGCCGCCCUCCCGCCUGCCCCUCGCCGGACUAUGCUCCCUGUACGACGCGGGGCGAGUCACCACGGUGACUGAGGCCGCGCGGGGGGCAGGGAAAGGGAGGUGAGGACCGCAAGACAGACCCGGAUGGGACCGAGACCCCUGUUGUCCCUGUACAUAAAGAGACCGAUGGGUGGGAGGGGGUCGGCUGCUCCCCGAGAUCCCCCUGGCAGAGUCAUUCUUCCAGCCCCACCCCUGAGUUCCUAAAGGGACACCUCCCUCCUGUCCAGCCCUUCAACAGAUCUUCGGACUGUUAGAUGACAACCGUGCUGUGGGCCCCGCGUUGGGCCUUGUCUGAAGGGAGAGGUCCUGGCGUGCAGCUGGGAGAUUUAGAGGCUGUGGAGAAGGGAACUUGGGGUUUUCCUUCCUCCGUAGCCUCACUCCCCUGGGGCCUCUCUCUAUGGAGGGAGCGGUGGUUUGGUGACCAGCAGGCUGGAUUCCAACUAGCUAAUGCAUUUAGCGGGUCUGAGGCUGGGGCCAGGUGUCAGCCCCAAGCCUCCAUCCAACACCGUGGAAAUGUUGCUCUCCUCUUCUUGGCGCUGACCCCAAGAUUGGGAUUUCCCUUCUGCCGCUCCUUCCGCUGUUGUUUAUCUAACUGGGCCCCCACUCCAGGUCCAGAGGGUCUGUGCUCACCGCACAGACGGCACUCAUCUCCCACUCCCUGGUCCUGCAGAGCUGUUGCCAGGGUGCAGUGGGGAGGAGAGUGAAAUGUGGAGGACUGUGUACCUCAGUCCUUUCUCUAAACUCCGCAGCCUCCCAGCAGGGGCCUCCUCAUCUGGGUUCUGGGUGUGUACUCCCUUUAGAGAGUGUGAGAUACACCUGGGCGGGCGGCACUUGUUAAAGCUGGCCAGGGCGAGUGACUAAGGGGAGAGAGCAUGACGUAGACCUGGGUGACAACGGGGACCUCUGGAAGCGGGUGGGAGUAAGAGAGGAGAGGGCAGUGGAGGGUGGAGGAAAGGACUUCCAAAGGUGGAGUGUCUGUGGGGGCGGCUUUUGCCUCCCUAAACCUGUGCAGAGGAGUGGAGCGUGCUUCUCCCUCAAACACAUCUCUGGGGGGCUGAGGACGUUGUCACAAGUCCCAACUGGAGAAAUAACUCAAUUCCAAUGGCAGGGUCAGAGGCAAGCAUUCUCUAAAUCUUGCCCAACCCUUCCAUCCUCUCCUAUCCUAUGAGCUGAAGCCCUGCUGUGUGUCCCAGGGUCUUCAAAGGGGCAUCCUGCCACCACCCCAGGGCGCUGGCCCCACAUCCUGUUCCCCUAAAGCUCUGACACCGCCUUCUCUCCCUGUGCUCACCCCACCACCUCCACCCCAAUGUGCUUCAGUGUGCAUGUCUGUGAACAGCCCUCCUGCCUUCCCAACUCCCCUGGCUAAAGUCUCCCCAGCAGAUUUAGUGCCCAGGGAUUGAGCUCACAUUUCAGGCUAGAGAGGAUAACCCUCGGGCCACCCACAUCUCUCACCCCUGAUGCUUCUUACUUCGCCUGAGCCAUCAGAACUCUUCCUUCCCCUCCUUCAGCCCCUCUCAUCUUCCUCCAGCCCAGCCAGGCCUGCACCACCAACUGUGUGGCCUCCACCUAUGCAACAUCACUUCUGGCUCCCCUUCCCUUCUUCCUAGGGAGAGGGGCCCAAAUUGUGGGGAUACCAUGGCCCAUGGCUUCUAAAGGGUUUAGCUUUACUUUCAGAUAGAGAUGGCUGAGUGAGGAGGGAGAAGAGGCUAGAGAGAGAGAGGCUUGGGCAGGGGAAACAGCUGCCCACCAGGUUUCCCUGGCAGCAGUGCCCACCUGCCUAUCAGCACUGAACCUGCCUGGACCCCGAGUCUGUGCUCCUUGGGGGCCUGGCAUUUGGAGCACCCUUCUUUCCUCUGAAUGGACAUCUGUGAGGUACAGGUGGUGAGCUGUGGCCUCAGGCUCCAUUUCUUAGCCAGCUGGCACCCGGAUGUCAUGCUCUGUGUGGGGACAGCCUGGCCACCUCAGGGCUCCAGGGGAGGAGGAACAUGGCUCCUCCUCCCUCAGGCCUGUUCCUGAGACAGAGCCUGGUCUCAGAAGAGGGGAAGGGGGACCUCUAUUAUUAUUUUUGCCUGUAUUGACCAUUUCUGCCUAGGUUGUCUCAGACAGCCUCAUCUCCCACACACGCACAGACUUAGAGAGAAACCAAUUCUUUGGUCUAUUUUCUUGGUAGCUUUAUUGAUUGCCAGGGAAAACAAAAACCAGAAAAUUAAUCUCUAAAAUUAAACUUUACACUGAAUGUUCUUGUUUCUCUAAUUAGAACCUCUGCUAGCAGCUGUGGCUAUACACACACACACACCCUCACACCUACACGUUUGCACUCCGGAACUGUCAGAGGGUGUCAGGCACAGACAGACUCUAGGUUGCCUAGACAGGCAUACACAUGUAGUCACUCCCAAGCCCCCUUUGGUGCUCUGCUUAGCGUCUGCUUAGUGGAAGGAGUCCUUGGAGACCAGGCACUCCUGGAUUGGGGUUGUAGCCCAUGACCUGCCCUUUGGGGACACAGUUCUGGAGGCUCUGGGCCAAUAAAUCAGCCUGAGGAGGAUGGGGAAUGGCGCUCAGCCUGAAUCAGUCAGCUAGGUCUCUUGUGGCCCUGGGGGCUGAUGUGAUUCCUGUAGGUGUGGCCCCAGGGUGGACAGCUACAGAGUGAUGGGGACUCAUGGAGGGCACCUGGAAGGCUCCAUGUGGCCUGGGGACAAGGGCUUGUGGGGUGGGCUGGGCCUGGCUGGGGAGAAGACAGGUCUCUGUCAAUUGGGUGCAUCACACUGUGGCCUUUUUGUCGUGGAUUUAAGCGCAAAGAUUGUACAAAUCAAACUGGUGGAUAAUAAAGUUGUGGACGACUCACUGAC